AAGUUUUUCCCCUCCCAAAAAUUAACUUAGCUCUCUUUUAGGGUUUUCCUUCACUCUCUUUUUCCCUCCACUGCGCCACCAUAAUUUCUUGUAAUUUACUAGGUUCAUUCAUUCUAUUUAAGCAUUUUGUAUUUUGUUGAAAUGGAUUUGCGGAUCCCGUCGACACAGGAACAUGAGAUUGGGAUUUUGAGGGAGAGUUUGGAAGGGAGGAUGUGGUGUUCUACGUCAAGGCAAGAAAUAUCAAUGUCGUUGGUAGUUAGGAGAGAGAUUGUAUUGAUUUGGAAGAGAGAUGAAACUUCGGAGACUUUGAGGCAUGUGUCGGAGUGUGUAACCGAGUAAAUCGUUUCAUGUGUCGGAGUUUGUGCAUGGUUCGAUUGUUUAUUUGAGGUUUUGGCGAGAAUAAGUGGAAGAGUAGUGAGAGGAAUAUAGUGGUUCUCUGUAUUCUUUAGAAGUAUGAAGUUGAAGAAUUUAGCGUUUUUGAUUUGAAGAAGGUUUUGUGAAGUGGGUUUGAUGAUGUUUAGGUGAUAAAGCUUGAAGCUUUAUUUUCGCUUCAAUGGUGGUUUUCCUAAACAAAAAUCAACAGAACUCCUCUUCUCUUUCGCUGUGUGCUGUCCAUCUACCUCCGUCAAUGGAAUUGGGAGCAAAUGGACUUAUCCAAAAUCUUUUUUAUGCAUUUUCAGAAUACGCCAAUCUUGAUAAUGUUGGUAUUUUCUUAUCACUUUUAUAUAACAUUAGUAGGUGACAGUUUGUGUGAUGAUUUCUUUAUUGGUUUCUUACAUCGUAGGUGCACUCUCUUGUUGAUGUCUUUCAUUUCAAGAGCAAUAAGUGGGUAGAUAUAUUUGAUACAUUAAAAGAAAUGGCUCAUUCACAUUUGGGAGUUGCAAUUGAUGGGAGGUAUGCUCCUGCAAUUCAAUUGUGGAGGGGAAGACUCCAUGUCAUGGGUGGUGGCAAGGAGAAUCGCCAUACAGCUGCCUUAGAUCUUGAGUCUAACUGUAAAGGAUGGAAAAGCUUUGGAGAAACAAUGGCGGACUAAAAUUCAUAUUCCACGAGGUGGACCACAUAGAAAUGGGGCUGGAUUGGAUGCUUAGGUCUAAAUGUAAGAAGCCUGUAGUUUCAGAAAAAAAUGAGAUAUUAAUUGGGGAAGCCCCAGUUGAGGAGUUGGAAGGAACCCCUUCUGUAUAUCCUCUAUCAAACUCGUUUACGAAGACUCCUGUCAAAAGUGCAAUUAAUGGAUUUCAAGCACCAUCAAAUCUGGGAUAUACUACUCAAUAUAGCACUGAUGGAUUCAGGGAUUAUGAUAAAUUAGUGAUUGACUAUCUGUAGAAGCAUUCAAACACGAGAGUCAUUAUCUGCAGCAACAUUCAAACUCAUCGAAUUUGGACUGCAGUUGAGGUUGCCUUGCUAAUUGUGUCUCGUCGUUCUCUUGAAAUUAAAAUGUCUGCUGUGAUAAAAGCUCUUGAUGUGUGCGAACCCGACCUUGGUUAUGCUCCAUUGCGGCUUCAGUGUCUGCUGUGUUCUGUGAGUUGCAUUCCACAGUGUAGUUUCUGCUCAAUACAGUUUAGAUUUUGUUGAAGUUCUUAAUGAUGAGUAUGUGUUCGCUGUUUCGAAAGUGAUUGUUGUGUAUUUUUUUUAGUGGUUGUUCUCCCUUUCACUACUUGAUAUAUUUUACUUGUAAUAAUCAUUGUGUUGCAGUGAAAGAUGAAUGAUUUGCACUUUAAAAUUAUGAGAAACAUGUCCUAGAUUUUUCUCUUUCACACUGUCAGAUAAUUUUAAUUCAGCUCACUAGGAUUCCUUGAAUGUGAUGUGCCCGCACAUUUAAAAUGAUGUAAUUAUUGUUGGUUUGCUCCUUAUAAUUGAGAGAAACCAGGUGUAAAUUAUGUUCCUUUAACAGUAUAUUAGAUUUGUUCCGUAAAGCCGCUGUGAAGUGGCUCCUUAAAACUGCCUUGAAAUAAUAUCCAACUUAUUAAGUCGGUUUAUAUAUAACAGACCUAAGAACAUUUUCUUAAGUCAGGUCCAAAACCGACUUAAGAAGUCAAAACUUCUUAUGUCGGCAACUCUUAGGUCAGGCUCGGAACCGACUUAAGAAGUCGAUUUUAACCAACUUAACAAGUGUUUUUUCUACUAGUGAUGCCCAAAGAUGGAGGGAAAUGGCUUCUCGAGUCCAACCUCCCCUAAUGGAAAAAGAACUGGUGGACAUAUUUAUGAGCACUUUGCAAGGACCGUACUACGACAAGAUGGUCGGAAGCAUAUCUUCAGGGUUCUCGGACUUGGUAGUCAUUGGCGAGAGAAUUGAAGAUGGAAUAAAAAAUGGGAAGAUACAAGGGGCACCCUCAGGUUCCUAUCACACAAAGAAGUCAUAUGACGGAAAAAAGGAAUCCAACACUGUAGGGGCAAUCCUGGAUAAUUAGACCCUAGUAGUACAGCAAAGGGGUCAGCAAAAGCAACAGGGUGGCCAACGCACCUGGAGGUCCAAGCCAAAACGAUCAUUCACCCCGUUGUACAUGUCACUGUCUCAAGCUUUGCAACGUCUGCUCAGUCAGAACCUGGUAACUCUGCUACCUCCAUACUCAGCUCCAGCUAACCCCGCUCCUGGAUACAAGCAUCAUGCUAGGUGCGCUUAUCAUUCAGAUAGUCCUGGCCAUGAUACAGAGGAUUGUGGGCCGUUGAAGCACAAGAUCCAAGAUUUGAUUGAAGAAGGGCUCAUUGAGUUCGAAGAUCCUCACAAGUCCAGUGCCAUAGGUGGCUAGAAGAAGGAUUUCUUAGAUCAUUAGUUUUGUUUUCAUUCGCAAU